AUGGCACAUGCACUGUUUGCACAGCCAGGGCCUGAUUGCUUCUUCCGAUUCACUCCGGAGUCACUUGCAGCAAUUGAGCAGAGGAUCACUGAGGAAAAAGACAAACGAAAAGUAGAUCAAGAGCAAAAGGAGGAGGACAACGAUGAAGGCAAGCCAAAGCCAAAUACUGACUUGGAAGCCGGGAAGCCAUUGCCUUUAAUUUAUGGAGACAUUCCUUCUCAUUUUGUGUCUGAGCCCUUGGAAGACCUAGACCCUUAUUAUGCAAAUAAAAAAACAUUCAUAGUAUUGAAUAAAGGGAAGUCUAUCUUCAGAUUCAGUGCCACACCUGCCUUAUACAUGCUGAGUCCUUUCAGCACUCUUAGAAGAAUUUCUAUAAAAAUUUUAGUUCAUUCAUUAUUCAGCAUAUUUAUUAUGUUUACUAUUCUCACAAACUGUGUAUUCAUGACUUUGAAAGAACCUCCUGACUGGUCAAAGAUGGUAGAAUACACAUUCACUGGGAUAUAUACAUUUGAAUCCCUCAUAAAAAUUUUUGCAAGAGGUUUCUGUAUAGAUGAUUUUACUUUCCUUCGAGAUCCCUGGAAUUGGCUUGAUUUUCUUGUAAUUUCAUUUGCAUAUGUGACAGAGUUUGUGGACCUGGGCAAUGUCUCAGCGUUGAGAACAUUCAGAGUUCUCCGGGCAUUGAAAACAAUAUCAGUCAUCCCAGGCCUGAAGACAAUUGUAGGAGCCCUCAUUCAGUCAGUGAAGAAGCUUUCAGAUGUCAUGAUCCUGACUCUAUUUUGUCUGAGUGUGUUUGCAUUAAUAGGAUUGCAGUUGUUCAUGGGUCACUUGAGGCAUAAAUGCUUAUUUUGGCCCCUGAGUAAUGCUUCUUAUGACGAUCCACACUUUAGGAAAUACUACAAUGGAACUGAGUUCAUGUGGUCUAAAUAUAUUGAAAAUCAAGACCACUUUUACUUCUUGGAAGGUGCAAAGGAUGCCUUGCUCUGUGGUAAUAAUUCAGAUGCUGGGCAGUGUCCAGAAGGAUACAUGUGUGUACCAAUAGGUAGAAAUCCGGACUAUGGCUAUACAAGCUUUGAUAGCUUUAGCUGGGCUUUCUUGUCACUCUUUCGGCUGAUGACUCAGGAUGCCUGGGAAAACCUUUAUCAACAGACUUUGCGGGCUGCUGGCAAAGGAUACAUGUUCUUUUUCGUUGUGGUGAUUUUCCUGGGCUCUUUCUAUCUGGUCAACCUGAUCUUGGCAGUAGUAGCUAUGGCUUAUGAUGAGCAGAAUCAAGCUACUAUGGAUGAAGCUCUGCGAAAGGAGACUGAGUAUCAGCAAAUGCUUGAGCAUCUGAAAAGGCAACAAGAGGAAGCUCAGGCACUGGCAGCAGCAGCAGCUUGUAAAGAUUUCAGGGAUGAUGGUGCUCUUGGAAGACUUUCAGAAACAUCUUCAGAAUUAUCAAGCUCCAAAAGUGCUAAAGAAAGAAGAAACCGAAGGAAAAAAAGACGACAAAGAGAAUUGUCUGUUGGAGAACCGGGAGGCAAUGGCAAAAUGUUUCCAAAAUCAGAAUCAGAUAGCAGCAUCAGAAGGAAAGGAUUUCGAUUUUCCUUGGAAGGAAAUAGACUCACAUAUGACAACAGGGUCAUUUCUCCAUACCAGUCAAUGCUGUUUCCCACAAGGCGCAAUAGCAGGGCCAGCUUUUCCAGCUUCAAAGGUCCAACUACCGAAGGAGGCUCAGAUGCCGAUAGUGAGCACAGCACCUUUGAAGAAAAUGGAAGCCGGAAUGGUUCCUAUUUUAUUGUUCGCAGACAUAGUGACCGACGCAGCAGUAACAUCAGUCAGACCAUGUUUCCAAUGAACGGGAAGAUGCAGAGCAGCGUGGACUGCAAUGGGGUGGUUUCCUUGGUAGGAGGACCACCUGUGCUCCUGUCGCCUACUGGACAGCUUCUCCCAGAGGUGAUAAUAGAUAAAGCAACUACCGAUGACAGUAGUAAUGCUUCUGAGAUGGAAAGCAAAAAGAGACGGUCCAGUUCUUUUCAGAUAUCGAUGGAUUUGCUAGAAGACCCCACCAUAAGGCAAAGAGCAAUGAGCAUAGCAAGCAUUAUCACAAACACGAUGGAAGAACUUGAAGAAUCAAGACAGAAAUGUCCGCCAUGCUGGUAUAAGUUUGCCCACAGUUACUUGAUUUGGAAUUGUUCUGAUAAUUGGUUACAAAUAAAGAGAAUUCUUCAUUUAAUUGUUUUCACUGGAAUCUUCACUGCAGAGAUGGUCCUCAAAAUAAUUGCCAUGGAUCCUUAUUAUUAUUUCCAAGAAGGCUGGAAUAUUUUUGAUAGCAUCAUUGUAACCCUCAGUUUAAUGGAGCUGGGUCUUCAAGAAGUGGAUGGAUUGUCAGUCUUAAGAUCUUUCAGACUGCUUCGAGUGUUCAAACUGGCAAAGUCUUGGCCAACUCUAAACAUGCUAAUAAAGAUCAUUGGGAACUCAGUUGGAGCUUUAGGAAACUUGACCUUGGUGCUAGCUAUCAUUGUCUUCAUAUUUGCUGUGGUUGGUAUGCAGCUGUUUGGUAAAAACUAUGACAGUUGUAAAUGCAAAAUUUCAGAAGACUGCACACUUCCACGCUGGCACAUGAAUGACUUUUUCCACUCAUUCUUGAUCGUGUUCCGAGUUCUUUGUGGAGAAUGGAUAGAAACCAUGUGGGACUGUAUGGAGGUUGCAGGUCAAGCCCUUUGCCUGACAGUCUUCAUGAUGGUGAUGGUGAUUGGAAAUCUGGUGCUGCUAAACCUCUUCCUGGCAUUAUUAUUGAGUUCUUUCAGUUCAGACAGCCUUGCUGCUCCAGAGCAGGAAACUGAAGCAAAUAAUCUACAGAUUGCUAUAUCAAGAAUUCAGAGGGGAAUAAAUUACGUAAAGAGGAAGAUGUGUGAAUUUGUGCAAAUUGUUUUUUUGCAAAGAUGCAAGGACACUUCUGGAUUAAGUGCAGCUGAUCAACAAAAUGAUAAGAAAGAUCAGUGCAUUCCCAACCAUACCAUAGUGGAGAUCAACCAAACUUUUGGUUAUCAGAGGCCUAGAAUAAUGGCUACCAGCUGCAUGGACAACAGUGAUCACAUGUCAUUCAUAAAUAACCCAAAUCUUACUGUGACUGUACCAAUAGCAGUGGGAGAGUCUGAUUUUGAACAUUUCAACACAGAGGAACUUACCAGCAUAUCUGAACUUGAAGAAACCAAAGAAAAAACAAGUCUUUACAGCUCCACUGAAGGUAGCACAAUUAUUUUUGCAUCUAUUGGAGACAAAGAAUCUGAUGCUGCAGCAAAAGGCCCACCACAACCAAAACCUUGUUUUACUGAUGGCUGUGUACAGAAAUUCAGAUGUUGUCAGAUCAAUAUAGAGUCUGGGAAAGGCAAAUGCUGGUGGAACCUUCGCAAAACUUGCUUUAAGAUAGUGGAACACAAUUGGUUUGAAACCUUCAUUGUCUUCAUGAUUCUUCUAAGCAGUGGUGCUUUGGCUUUCGAAGACAUAUAUAUUGAGCAGCGCAAAACUAUCAAGACCAUACUGGAAUACGCAGACAAGGUCUUCACCUACAUCUUUAUUUUAGAAAUGCUUCUGAAGUGGGUGGCUUAUGGCUUUCAAGCCUAUUUCACCAAUGCCUGGUGCUGGCUGGAUUUCAUGAUUGUAGAUGUUUCCUUAGUAAGUUUAAUUGCCAACGCCUUGAACUAUUCUGAACUUGGUCCUAUUAAAUCACUUCGCACCCUAAGAGCUUUGAGACCUUUAAGAGCCUUAUCCCGCUUUGAAGGAAUGAGGGUGGUGGUGAAUGCCCUGGUAGGAGCCAUUCCCUCGAUUAUGAACGUGCUUCUUGUUUGUCUUAUAUUCUGGCUAAUUUUCAGCAUCAUGGGUGUAAAUCUGUUUGCUGGUACAUUCUUUGAAUGUGUUAAUAAAACAGAUGGAGUAAGGAUUUCACAUUUAAUCGUCCCGUUUAAAAAUGUCUGUGUGACUUUAGAAUAUGCCAGAUGGAGAAAUGUUAGAGUCAACUUUGACAAUGUUGGAGCUGGAUAUCUCUCUCUUCUUCAGAUUGCUACCUUUAAAGGAUGGAUGGAAAUAAUGUAUGCUGCUGUUGAUUCAACAGGAGUAGAAAAGCAACCCCAGUAUGAGCAUAACUUGUAUAUGUAUCUUUACUUUGUCGGAUUCAUUAUAUUUGGUUCAUUCUUCACUUUGAAUCUUUUCAUUGGCGUCAUCAUUGAUAAUUUCAACCAACAAAAAAAGAAGAUAAGAGGUCAAGAUAUUUUUAUGACAGAAGAACAAAAAAAAUAUUAUAAUGCCAUGAAAAAAUUGGGAUCCAAAAAGCCACAGAAACCUAUACCCAGGCCAUCAAAUAAAAUACAAGGCUUUGUUUUUGAUUUUGUAACCAAACAAGCCUUUGACAUCGGCAUCAUGAUUCUUAUCUGUCUUAACAUGGUCACUAUGAUGGUGGAAACAGCUGACCAGGACCCUUCCGUAGAAGAAAUUUUAUAUUGGAUUAAUUUGAUUUUCAUUGUCAUUUUUACUGCGGAGUGUCUCCUGAAAUUGAUUGCUCUCCGUUACUAUUAUUUCACUAUUGGCUGGAAUAUAUUUGAUUUUGUGGUUGUCAUAUUCUCCAUUGUAGGUAUGUCCCUGUCACAGAUCAUUGAGAAAUACUUUGUGUCCCCCACUUUGUUUCGAGUGGUCCGACUUGCCAGGAUAGGUCGAGUCCUGCGUCUAAUCAAGGGGGCAAAGGGAAUCCGCACCCUGCUUUUUGCCUUGAUGAUGUCUCUCCCUGCCUUGUUCAACAUUGGUCUCCUCCUUUUCCUGGUCAUGUUCAUCUACGCUAUAUUUGGAAUGUCCCAAUUUGCCUAUGUUAAAAGAGAAGCUGGGAUUGACGACAUGUUCAAUUUUGAAACUUUUGCUAACAGCAUGAUCUGCCUGUUUCAAAUUACCACUUCUGGUGGUUGGAAUGCACUGCUGUUGCCCAUUCUCAACAAGGAGCCAGACUGUGACCCUAAAAGGGUUCAUCCGGGAAGCUCAGUUGAAGGAGACUGUGGCAAUCCUUCCGUUGGGAUUUUCUUCUUCGUCAGCUACAUUAUCAUCUCAUUUUUAGUUGUAGUAAAUAUGUACAUUGCUGUCAUUUUGGAGAACUUCAGCGUGGCUACCGAAGAAAGUGCUGAACCGCUAGGGGAAGAUGACUUUGAGAUGUUCUAUGAGGUCUGGGAAAAGUUUGAUCCAGGUGCAACACAGUUUAUAGAGCUCAGCAAACUCUUUGAUUUUGCUGCCUCACUAGAGCCCCCUCUGCUAAUACCAAAACCAAACAAAGUUCAGCUAACUGCAAUGGACCUGCCCAUAGUGAGUGGUGACAGAAUUCACUGCCUCGAUAUCUUAUUUGCCUUUACAAAGCGUGUUUUGGGUGAAAGCGAUGAAAUGGACGCCCUUCGUGUGCAGAUGGAAGAUCGGUUCAUGGCUGCUAAUCCCUCAAAAGUCUCCUAUGAACCAAUUACAACUACCCUGAAACGGAAACUUGAGGAGGAAUCAGCUAAGGUUAUUCAGAGAGCCUUUAGGCAUUAUCGCCUAAGGAAACCAGUGUUCAAUAAAUCAUACUUAUAUAAGGAUGGGGAUGUUUUUCCCUCCAAAACUGAAAUGGCUUUUGAUAAAUUAAGUUUGAGCUUAGCUCUGGAAAAGACAGAAAGAAGCUCCUCCACAACUUCCCCUCCUUCCUAUGAUAGUGUAACAAAACCAGACAAAUAUGAACAAGAAAAGUCAGAAAAAGAAGAAAAAGGUAAAGAUGACAAGGAUUACAGAAAGUAA